AUGCAUAAACGACCCAAAAAUUAUCGAUAUUUCAAAAAGAUCAUUCAACGGAGACCAUUUGUCUUAACUCUAGUAUUCGGAUUUUCUAUGUUUCUCAUAUUCCUUCGUUUGGUGUCUAAUAAAGAUAACUUCUCUGAAGUCUUAAACAGCUGCCAAUGUAAAUCAGCCGACAGAUUCUAUGAUUUCUGCUAUCGGAUUUUUCGAAAUGCCACCUCAAUCGGAAAGAAAUUCAAUUGUGAUUUGGUGAACACCUUGGGACGUUUAGAUCUCCUAGAAGCUCCUCAAGAAGCCUUUAAUGUUUCUGAAGCAAUAAGAAACGAGAGUCACGUGGUCUUUGUAUCCGUCACUUCAGAUGACUACUUCAAUUUUAGCAUGAGCUCUUUGAAAUGUGUUCGAGAAUUUUAUCCGGACCAUAAAUUUAUACUUUAUGGCCUAGAUUUGAGUUCAAACUAUACUAUCCCGGACAAUCCGAACUUUGAGUUCCGACGAUUCGAUACUACACCCUAUCCAAAAUUUGUGGAUGAUUUGAAGAUUGUGCAAUUGAAAGGAUUGAUUCUGGCAGAAGUGAUUAGAGAUUAUCCAAUUCUUUUCUGGAUAGAUUCCAAUAUUGCAAUGAGGAAACCAAAUGUUAUAAAAAAUUUGUUUGACGAGAUAUCGGAGUACAGAACAUCCGAAGAUUAUUCUCCAUUGACUUCAUUAUCAGUGACGGAUAAUAAAAAUCCAGCAGUUGUAAAUCCAGCCCUCAUACAAUUUUUCCCUUCAAGCUCUGUUGACGUCAACAAAGUUAAGUUCGAAACGUUUUUCAUAGUCAAAACAAAAUACACUUGGAAACUUUUGAAAUGGUGGGUUCUAUGCUCACUAACCGAAGAAUGCAUCAAGUCGUCUGGAAGUCGGGAUACGGUUCUGAACGUUUUAUUACUCAACGAUUUCCAAGAGACCAAAAAAAAUUAUAUGAAAAACAAUAUAACAGGAUAUCUUAUUAUCUCUAUCCUCGACCUUCUGGAUUUCUUUAGAGAUACCCAUCUAAUUAUGGUUUUUAAUAGUGUCGUAGGUUAUCGCUUCCGUUCAUUCUUCCCGAUCCUCCAAACCACACCCAAAAGCACUUUGUAUAUAAAAAUGAUGAUAUCCUAUAUUUGUACAAAACCAAUACCCAACAUCGACGAACUAGACGAGUUGUAUACUCACUCGGAUUGCAUGUGUACUUCUAAUAAAACUGGGAAAUCUUAUAAUUUUUGUUAUCCGGACCCUCAUAAACCAGGAACAUAUGGAGUGAAGUUCAAUUGCUCGUUUGUGGACACUAUGAAAGAUUUAAAACUAAUUGGAGACGCUGACAAUCUCAUAAGCCUCUCUGAUUCUAUCAAAAACGAAGACGACGUUGUCUUUGUAUCUGCUGCCUCUGAAGAUCAUCUCGACGACGCUAUGAAAUCUUUAGCAUCAAUCCGAGAAUACUAUCUAUACAACAAAUAUGUACUUUUUGGUCUCAAUAUCAGCUCAAAAGGCAUCGACUUGCUCCCAACAGAUCCUAAUUUCGAAUUCUGUCAAUUCAAUGCCACGCCGUAUCCAGAAUAUGUGACAAACUGGAAACGAUAUCAUUUCAAGGGAUUAGUGAUGGCAAAAGCCAUGAGAGAUUUUCCAAUAAUUUGGUGGAUCGAUGCUCACAGUGUGAUGGUUGACUCGGAUAACUGCUCCACUAUUUUCCAACUGAAUCAUUUGAUCUACUCGAAAGUGAUUAUCAAGUCGGGACCACAUUACUGUUUGUGCCAAAGACAAAGUAUUCGAGGAAAAUUGUGGACGCUAUGCUCUCUUACUGAUGAAUGCAUCAAUCCACCCGGUGCUCAAUUAAAAUGUACAUUUGAUAGAAACCAUUUCGAUUGGUGGGCAGGUUGUUACAGAUACGAUCAAUCCGUAUUCAAUAUAUUGGUACUGAACGACUACCAGAAUUAUCGCAAAUUCUUCAUGGGAAACAUGGAAAAAUCUUUUCGCAGGCUUUACUGA